ACAAAAACCUCUCAAGGCAAUAAGAAUAGGUCUUAUCUAAGAUUUUUUUUCUUGCCUUCCUCCUUCACCUCCCUCUGUUUCUUCCUUUUCUAGAUUUCCAUGGCUUCUCAGCAGGUUAGAGUCAUGGGAACAAACCCAAAGAGUCAUCAAGAGAUAUUGGGAGCACCAGGAGUGAAAGGAAAAAGGGUUAUGAAUAAUUCAUCAACAGACGGAGUUACUGAUUUCAUUCAUUCAAUCAUUUCAACCACAAAACAAGAGGUAAAAGAUCCUUUCUAUGUUUUAGACUUGGGAAAAAUCGUCACUCUUAUGGAUAAAUGGAAUCAUAGUCUUCCGUCUGUCAAACCCUUUUAUGCUGUCAAAUGUAAUCCUGAACCAGCUUUACUUGGUACCCUUGCUCUGUUAGGAGCAAACUUCGAUUGCGCUAGUAAAGGCGAAAUCGAAACUGUUCUUGCUCUGGGUGUUUCGCCGGAUCGUAUUGUUUAUGCGAACCCUUGCAAGAGUGAGUCUCAUAUCAAGUAUGCGGCUACUGUUGGUGUCAAUCUUACUACAUUUGAUUCUAUCGAUGAAGUCGAAAAGAUGAGGAAAUUUCACCCUAAAUGUGGGUUGCUGAUGCGUAUUAAGGCACCGGAGGAUGAAGGUGCUCGGUGCCCGUUAGGUGAUAAAUAUGGUGCUCUGCCGGAAGAGUUUGUUCCGCUGCUGGAAGCUGCUAAUGCUGCGAAUUUAGUUGUUCACGGGGUUUCUUUUCAUGUUGGUAGUGGUGCGACACAUUCGAGGGCGUAUCGCGCUGCAAUUGCUGAAGCUAAAGCGAUUUUCAUUACUGCGGAGAAGCUUGGUAUGGCUAAAAUGCAUAUACUUAAUAUCGGUGGCGGGUUUACACUUGGUUCGCAGUUUGAUGAUGCUGCAAUUACUAUUAAAAAUGCUCUUGAAACUUAUUUUCCUGAUGAUCAAGAAUUGAAGCUCAUUUCGGAGCCAGGCCGGUUCUUUGCCGAGACAGCAUUCACAUUAGUCACGGACAUAAUCGGAAAACGUGUUCGUGGAGAGUUAAGGGAGUAUUACAUCAGUGACGGCAUAUAUGGUUCUAUGAAUUGUUUGCUAUACGAUCACGCCACUGUCACGGCGAAACCAUUAGCUUAUACAUCAAACCCGGAUGAUCCUAAUUGCGCAGGAUUGAAGACGUAUACUUCUACCGUGUUUGGGCCAACUUGCGAUGGACUUGAUACUCUUCUAACAAAUUAUCAGUUGCCUGAUCUGAAGGUGAAUGACUGGCUUGUUUGGCCAGACAUGGGGGCUUAUACUGCGUCAGCUGGUUCUAGUUUUAAUGGUUUCAAUACUUCAGCAAUUCCUACAUACCUUGCUUAUUCAAUUCCCAACUAACAACAAUAUCAUAAAAGAUCUUCUUUCAUUUCUCUCUAUUGCUAAGACUUCCUGUGAUAGUCUUAGAUUUUGGUUCUGUCUAUUAUUAUGUUUAUGUAAAAGGGGUUAAAAGUGGAUCCAGCUCAUUUAGUGGACUAAAAAUGUAUUGCUUCUGAAUCAUCAUCAUAGUGAUUAUAAUGAGAAUACAAUCCUAAUUUACAGUGACUUUU